GAACCAAAAGAUUUCGUUGACGUCGAUGGAAAGGAGCUCGCAUGCCGCUGUGGAGCUUGCCGUCGUGGGAUAACUGCUCAGAGUCGUCGGACCAUGCAUCCAUGGAUGCGCUAAAGCACAAGGACGCUGACGACGCCGUCUCAUCAGCAUGCUACAGCGACACGAGAUUUUGGACGCGAUCAACCCGCUCGGACAAAGCCGAUAACCAGCAACCGCAGGAACUGCCUCUGUGCACAGAACUCCAUCGAAUUCACGAACGGUUCGAAUCCUUACGCCUUCAGCUCGACGUCGAGAGAAGAACGGUAGCGCCACCACCUCCGCAACAGCCAUGGUUUCCACGGGAUUCCGGAGUGCUAAUGCAGCACCCCAUUCGACGUCGAGCGCAACCUCCAUCGAAGAACUCCCCAUUCAUCGAGACUGGAAAUCACGCCCACUCGAAAAUCCCAUCUAUGUCAGCGGAAAGCAAUACUUUCUCGUCGCCACAUUCAUGUAAGGAGAUGGUUGCGACCACCAUGCAAGCGACCGUGGACAAUGGUGCUAAGUCCACAACCACCGCCCGCCCAGUCGUCGUUCAUCAGAGCACCAACACCGACCAAGACUCGCGAACGCACAUUUCACUCGUCAAAGCGCAAACGACGCAAACCCAGACCGAUUUUCAGGACUCGUGGCUGGAAAAGAUCGCGGCCCUGGAUGGUGUGGUAAGCGCGUUGUCGUCGAAACUUAAUCAACAAACCGACGCUGCCGCACUCGCGAUGUACGUGGCAUGGCUGAGUGAAACAAUGCAGACAGCUGUGGCGACUUUGCCGGUGUCUAUGGAGCGAUCCCCUCGCAAGGAAUCGGCAGAACUUUGUCAAGACAUAUCGACGCUGCGGCCGCCGCGAUUUGACUCCCUUCAAGUUCCAGCGCAUUCUGCCGGCGCCAUGACCUCGAUUGAGUCAUCUUUGACAACGCUGGUCAAGUGGUGUCACACGAGCUACGAUAACCACACGCGUGUGGUGCAUCACGUCAAGAACAGCGCAGCCAAGAGAUACCAAAAAGCAGCCCAUGAAGCAGCCACAUUCCAAGGCAAAUGGGAAACUGCGCUGCGAACCAUCCAUUCGCUGCAGGACGAGAGGAAUGCUCUGCAAGCUCAACUGCACGGGCAAGUGCUGCGAACGGCGGCCGUGGAAAAGGACCUGCUCGUCACCCAGUUGAAGGUGACGACGCUGGAACAACAGUGCCGAGACCUGCAAGACCAGCUUCGACUACAGGAACUGGCUUGGAAGGAGGAACUGACCAAGGCGAGUCCGUCCUCUGGAAUUGCCGGGUCGCCACCGCUUCCAUUCGCCACGAGAGAACAUGUUGCCAAAGGGCACGCAGCAUGUCUGCCACCCUGUGAGCAACGCCGUCGUUCUGCGCAGUUGGAGCCCGCACUUCUCCCAAAGAAAAUCACGGACGACGGACCCGAGGAAUCCAAUGAUCCAGAAAGAAACGAGUGGUGGAAAGACGACGAACGGUCGAGUUGUGUGGACGACGACCGCCAGCCAGAGCCUCGGACGCUCCAGUUGCCCCCACCCGUUCCCCCGAUGCGCACGAUCUUUUCCGCGGCCUCUCGACCUCAGUCCGAUACUCGUUUCAUCUUGCAACGUCCGGACAGCCACACUCGCAUGCUGCUCGAGUACCUCCACAGCGCAUCGAAUGCAUCACAACAGAUCCGACGCCAAGAUCGACAUGUCCAACGUGCUUGCGAAACAAGCCGCGACCUCUGAGCUCUGGAAAGCCGCCUCCGUGUUGCCUCGGUUCAUGGACGUCGUGGGGCUUGACAUGGCCCAGUCCAUUCAUGAACGAACCGGCCACAACGUUGAAGCAUCAAAAAAUUCCGCGAGCUUGGCAUCGUCGAGACAGGUCGAGCUUCCACUGACGGGCAGGGGGCGUGGAGGCCAACACCAGUCGUUCGUGGAGCGACAUGAGCAAACGAAUCACGCGAACGAAGUGUCGUCAUCAUCGGAGUCAAGCACCACUCGCGAGGAUGCUGCUUUUGAACGCGUCGAUCUCGUGGCGUGUGUCGAAAAUGGACAUUUCGCUUGUUUAUGCUGGUGACUUCACACAAAAUUUGCCGAAUCUCGAACUCGGUCGUGGUGAGGCAUGUGAGAACGUCGGGAGGAUGCCGACGCAAACGAUGAGCAGGAAGCGACUGCGACGGUGUGCGCUACAGGAGUCGCUCCUCUAGAAAACGUGCCGAUCAAACGAUUGUGUCGCUAUUCCACUGCGGCACUGUCGGCCUGGAGAUCGACUACGAAGACGUGCAACAGCCCUUCGCAGGACAUAGAAAGUAUCGCCGCCAACUCGAUCCAGCAAGGCGUGGUAUCGACGUCCGUUGCUCUGGCACGAAGCUGUGAGCCUUGCAACCGUGUCGAGUUGCCAUGUGGUCACGCGCCAUGGGAUGAACAUAGUCGACGUCAUGCAGUAGAGAGAGCUCCAGUCAACUUCAUCGGUUCAUUUCGACAUUUUCGACAUGCCUGCGGCCAUUC